AUGACUGAAAAGUCUAUUAAAAAAACAAAAUUAUCACAGAGAAGAAGAAAUAAGAUGCUAGAAGAGUCAAGUUCUUCAUCUACAAAAGAUAUUAUUGUACAGAGAGAACCAUUUGACAAUAUAAGGCAUUAUAAUACAAUUAAUGUAAAAAAGUACGCCACAUACAAACAAGGAAAUUUUAAAAACAAAAAUAUGAAAUCUUUUGCAAAGAAAUUAGACCUCUUUAAUUUAAAGUAUACUGAGAUUUCAAGUAAAUAUUCGCUAAGACCUAAGAAAAAACUUUGUGUAAUAACAGGUCUUCCUUCUAUGUUUAUCUGUCCUUAUACACGUCUACCAUACUAUGAUUCUUCAAUAUACAAAUAUUUUAAAACUUUAAACAGUGAAGGUAUUAAUUUUAUUUAUGAAACUAAAGACAUGUGUAAAAAUUUUAAUCCUUUUACAAAUAAAUAA